ACUCGGGGCAGGCCGAGGAAGUUGCAUCAGCAGCGCCGCGAGCCGGGGGGGAGCCGCGGCGCGCCUGGGCGCGGGGCCUCCCUGUUCUCACGCUCCGGCCAGCGGGCCACAGGCGAUGGAGAACGGCUCCUGAGAACACUUGCAGGUUGUAAAAAUCACACAGAAAGAGGUGGCCUAAGAUGGAAGCGAUGUCAAGUGAAGUUAGUGGAAUGACACGGUCGCCAGUACUUUGCCUUGUCUUGGCAAAAUGGGUUUUACGGAAUCUUUUUUCGCACUGAAGUCAGAGCAGAGGAAGCCUCAACAUGAAUCCCCACUGCCCAGCUCCGAAGGCAAGAGGUGAUAGUUACCUGAGCAUAAAGGACUCUAAAUCCCUUGACACUUACAUUCAGAACACACUCUCUGCGUUGUACCCACCUUUUGAGGCCACAGCUGCCACUGUCCUCUGGCAGCUCUUCAACGUAGUGGAAAAGCUGUAUCAAGGAGAUGGCCUCAGAUGCGUGAUUGACUUCCUUGUUCCUGCUAAGAGAGCCUUACAGUGCAUUCAGGGAGAAACAUGUGCUAAAUACACUGGCCUCAUCUUCUAUCAUGAAGGCUGGCCGUUGUGCAUCCAUGAAAAAGUGGUGAUACAGUUAGCAUCUCUGCACAGAGUUCGCCUGAAACCAGGGGAUUUUUACUUACAAGUAGUACCUGCAGGGAAGCAGCUGGCAAAGCUAGUUUUAAAAUGCCCCUCCAGAUGUGGGCAAGGAGUGGAAGAAGUUGCUAUACCUGAAACGAUGUAUGGCUGCAUUUUUACGGUGGCAUUUUUGGAAAAGUUGAAUUGUGAAAGAGAGCAUAUUCCUCUGAAGAGCUGCUUACUGACCACUGGCUCAGCCGUAUAUAGAACCCCAUGGAAGAACAUAAUUAAUCCCAUCUUUGUUCCCACAACCGAAACCAUCCUGUGUAAUUACUCUGGUAAUCUCUUUGAUCGGAUGAUUAGUAAUCAUACUGGUGUUAGAGCCCCGACCCAGACCAUGGAAAGCAACAGCUCAUGUGACAGCUCCACUUCCAAUGAUACAGGCUCCACCGUGAUAGAAGCCACCGGGACGAAGCACUGCAGCAGCCUCGAUAGUGCUGUGCCGAGUUCAGCUCCUGCCUCAGAAAACAGCCUUGCAUUAGAGUCCUGUAAGGCUUCUGAUGAGAAAAUCAAAGAUGACUCUGUCAGUCUUGGUGAAGCUUGGUCCAGCAUGAAAAACAGAGCUGUUGGGCCUGACAAGGACCUUGUGAUUUUAAAAGAUGAGGCAUUAUCACCGCUUGUAGAAAAAAAGCGUCACGUGAAAAGCAUAACUUUCGAUGCGGAUUUGAGCAGGUCACGUCCAACAGGGCAACAACGUAGGGAUUCUUCGUGUUUUGAGGCAAGACGUUUGUUUAGGAAUUCAUACAUAGAAGCUCUGCAAAACCCCAUGAACAUCAGUUUUAGCUCAGAGGAGUCACUUGCAGAAGAGGAGGCUUCAGAGCACAUAAUGGACUCAUGUGCUGUGAACGAAGGCAAAACUUGUGAGAAACAGGCUGAAAAGGGAAACUUCCUUUCUGGUAGGCUUGUACCAAAGGAUGAAAUGAAAGAAGGCAUAAGCCUUGCUGAUUCUCCCCUGGCCUUUAAAAAACUGCUUGUACCUCCUGAAACUCUGUCAAUAGUAGACUGCAAGGCUGGGCCAAGACACUCCCGAUCGCUGGACAGGGCAUGCAGAGGUCCACAUAUUGUGGAUCAGAGACCUGAUAAGUUCUUGCAUGGUGUGCCAGAUGGAAACCCUAAAAAAUGGUUAAAUGGAUGUGUUUCAAGGCCUGGAAAAUUGGAUUCUGGGUCAUUUUCCAUUACUGUGAGAAGCCACAAGCACAGCAACAGGGAGGAAGGGCUUUUCAAAACGCUUCGUAUAUACUGUUUUGGAAUUAAAAAAAACGGUUGGGAGAGAUCACCUGAAAAUCUUGGCUUUUAUCAGCACUUGACAGUAACCAAUUCAGAAACUGGUUUCCAGGGAGGUGAUGGUAGCACAGCUAUAUAUGCACCUGUUAUUCUCUUCCGUCGUGAACAUGACUUACUCCCUGCAAAUACUGGAAGCCUUUGCAACAGACUACCAAAACAGUUACUUGAGAUCAAUCAAGAGUUACUGCAAUCUGGAGUCUUUUCUCUGUGUGGAAGCCGAGACAGAAGUGGCAGAGCAGUGAUACAAGUCUGCACAAGACAUUCCAUCUGGUUAAAUGAACAUUGCACAAGUACAGCAGUUGCUCAUCUUCUGAUGUAUUUAUAUAGUAUCCCCAGGAAGGAGGUACGUGAUUUGGGCGUUGUUAUUCUAGUGGAUGCACGGAAGUGCCAGCCUAAUUCUUCCCUUUUCAGAGCAUUCACAGCAAUGCAGAAUGCAAUUCCUCAUUCAAUUCACAGUGUCCUAGUAUUGAUCGAUAAGGAAUGUUCUUUUAGACCUGAUCGGGACAUAGCAAUUCAGAAGUAUGAAAUUCUCACAUCACUGAAGGCUCUGAAUAAGCUCAUCGACUACACACAGUUGACAGCAGAAUUUGAUGGAACAUUUCAGUAUAACCACAGUGACUGGAUAUGUUUCCGAAGGAAACUGGAACCCUUUAUUACAAACUGCAAAGAGGCCAUUGUCUUUCUGCAAAAUGCAGUCAGCUCACUGACAGCUAACAGAACUCUCAACACCGCACAAGAUGUAUGUGAUUUAAUCAAUAAACACAAGACAAUGAUGAAGCUUGUUUUGGAAGAUGCCUUGUUAGUAACACUAAGGCUAGAAGGUGGAACAGUCCUCGCAAGACUUAGGAGGGAGAUCUGCCACACAGAAGACUAUCGAGAUGCCAUGGAAACUGUAACAAGACUUUAUAAUCAAGUGGAUGAGGAAGUCCAUAGGCUGGUACUCUUAUCUAAUAAAUGCCUGCAGCAGCUGGAGAAUCUUGGGGAAGGGAGAAAAUUUGAAGAAGGCUGUGACCAGAUAAAACAGUGGUUUGAAAAUGAGCGAGAGAAAUAUCUUGGCUGUUUUAACGAUCAAGAGGGACUUUCACUGGAAAAGGUGAGGAGGCUGCAAGAAGAUUUCCAAGGUUUCAUUGACAAGACAAAGCAAUAUUAUGAGAAAGGACUGCAGCUGAUGCAAGAAAAUCAUUCAUUAAACAUGGAAGAAAAAGUUCAGAUCUUCAAGAAAUAUCUGAGUAACAUUUUCAUUCAGACAGAGAAGAGGAAGACUGAGCUGACAAAGCUGGUCAAUUUGUAUGAGUUUUAUGAGAUGGCACAAGAGUGGAUGUUACAUUGCAAUGAGUGUCUUGCACAUUUAACUGCGGAGGCCAGAUAUUCUCCAUCUGUGAUUCAGUGUUUGCAAACCUAUCAUCAGGAAGGUACAAAAGUUUCUGCAGAAAACUUUAAAAAAAUGAGUGAGAUGGUUUUGGCUCUGGGUAGCAAACAAGAACUAAAGCAGUGGCAUAUUUUGUGGCUGAAAUGUCAGCAAACAAGGCAUCAUUUAGCAAAAUUUCUGUCUGAAGCCCUCAAAGAUUCCAGUAGAGAGUAUUUUCACAAAGUUCUCAAGGAACCUGCUAUGAAGAUAAACGAUGGGUUUGAUGUUGGAGGUAGGAAGCCAUUAAGCCAGUCCCCUAGCUACUCCUCUUCUAACAACGAUGACGAUAUUUGGGUAGACAAAACUAAGCCUGUGCAUAGGACUCAGCCAUUAGAAGCACCAUCUUUUUUAGGCCUUGGGACUGUAAAUCAAAAUAUGGAAGCAACCGUGGAAGUAUCUGCAUCUCCACUACAGUGGCUUGCUCCACUUCCAGGUGAACUUGAAAAGAGAAACUGGAAUUCAGAGGACAUAGACAGCGUUUCCAGUGCACGCUCAUCUUUUUUCUGUUCUGAGCCAAUCCACUCACCACCUAUCUGUCACAGGAAACAACCACACAAAAAGAUCAUGAAGAAAACACAAAGCUUUGAACUUAGUCAGCAUGAAAGCAACUACAGUGAAUUUCACCACCGUGGGUACACAGGCGUGCAUAUCAAAGGACUAGAGGUAGCCAGUAAUAAUGCUAAUGAAGAAAAAUACGUGCAAUGUUUGAAUAGUAGAAGUCCUUUGAUAAGUAGAAACCGAAGUUUAUCCUCCCCCUCAAGGAUCCAUCAUAUGGAAGAAGAGGAUAAGAAAAGAGGUGGAAGCAAUAAAGUACAACAUAUAAUGGAUGAGAUGAUCACAACAGAAAGAGAGUAUGUUAGAUCCUUAGGAUAUAUCAUCAACAACUAUUUUCCAGAAAUGGAAAGAAUUGACUUACCUCAGGAUUUGCGUGGGAAGAGGAACACUAUCUUUGGAAACCUGGAGAAGCUCUAUGAUUUCCAUUGCCAGUACUUCCUAAAAGAGCUGGAGCACUGCCAAGAUUUCCCACUGUGUGUCAGCCACUGCUUUCUCAAACAUGAAGAACAAUUUGGCAUGUAUGCUUUAUAUAGCAAGAACAAGCCACAGUCGGAUGCUUUGCUAACCAGCCAUGGAAAUGCAUUCUUUAAAAGCAAGCAACAGAAUCUGUGUGAUAAGAUGGAUUUGGCCUCCUAUUUGCUGAAGCCCAUUCAAAGAAUGAGCAAGUAUGCACUUCUGCUGAAGGACAUGAUCAAGGAAUGUACGAAGACCCAGGAGCAGGAACUCAGUGACCUGAGGGCUGCUGAGGAGAUGGUGAAAUUCCAGCUACGCCAUGGAAAUGACCUGCUUGCUAUGGAUGCCAUUCAAGGAUGUGAUGUCAAUUUGAAAGAGCAAGGGCAACUGCGAUGUCAGGAUGAGUUUAUUGUUUGCUGUGGAAGGAAGAAAUAUUUGAGGCAUGUCUUCCUCUUUGAAGAUCUUAUCUUAUUCAGCAAGACAAAAAAGAUUGAUGGAGGAUAUGACAUCUAUAUGUACAAACAAUCAUUCAAGACUGCUGAGAUUGGAAUGACGGAAAAUGUUGGAGAUAGUGGUCUGAGGUUUGAAAUUUGGUUUCGAAGGAGAAGAAGAUCCCAGGAUACAUAUGUCCUUCAAGCAAACUCAGCAGAAAAUAAAAUUGCAUGGACUAAUAUCAUAGGAAAGAUUCUUUGGAGACAGGCUCUGAGGAAUCGAGAACUCCGAAUACAAGAGAUGGUAUCCAUGGGAAUAGGCAAUAAACCUUUCAUGGAUAUCAAACCCAGUGAAGCAGCCAUAAGUGACCGAGCAAUUGACUACCUCAUGAAGGGAACAGAGUCAAGAUCUCGAGCCUCAAUAGCAGUGUCCUCAUUUGACCAUUCCACACCAUUCAAGAGACCCCAUUCUACUAUCUCUAGUAGCAGCACAUCAUCUUCCGGCAGCCAGUCAUCUUCAUCUAUUCUAGGUUCACUGAACCUGCAUGUCUGCUCCAGCCCAUCUUAUUCAGGUUUGUUAGGGCUACCCUUCUAUCACUGGUCAUAUGAUAUUAGAAGCUGCAUUGAGGAAGAUGAACUGGAGCAGGAAACAGGAAGCCAGCCUUCAAUGAUCACAGAGAGUUCAGAAUCAUCUCAGUGCACCUCAGGUGAAAGUGUGAGUGGUUUUAGUACUUCUGCCCCUUCUGAGUCCCAUCUUCCUACAGAGACAUUUUUGGAUGAAGGUGUUUCAAGCGCUAGUUCCAAAUACUCCUCACAGUGCGCGUCUCCUGUUCUCCCUGAGAAGAAUCACAGAUCAAAGUGCAACAGCCAGUAUGUUACAGCUCUCUGAUUCACAUGACAAUGAAGACUUUUUUCAAGCGGUGCUGACCCUACUUUUCCAGAUAAUCCCACCUCUGCUUUGCUGUGAAAAAGCCCUGCCACACUUCAUGGAUUUAAUUAUUUUGAAGUGAAUCCAUUAUGGAAUAUUUUAUCAACAGCAAAAGAAAAAUCAUGAAUAUUUUUAAAUGACCAAAGAAGGGACAUCUUUAUUACUGUCUGUCAUUCUGAGGAAGCUUUUUAUUUUUGCAGAGGUUUUUUUGUUUUAAUCAGCUUAAUUUUGCCUUCAAAUAGAUGAAAGGUAUCACUGAUUUCAGUAAAAAGACUGUAAGAUGAAAAAGGUAGAAUUUGUCUAUGUGUUAAGCAUUCUUCCUCCGUUUUAACCUCCAGUUCUUAUAUAGCAGAUGAUGGUGUAGAUGUUGCUAUAUUUUGUGCAAUUUUGUAAAUGUUGAAAACAGCAUUAAAUAACUGAUUCCUGUAUAAAAAGAAAAAUGUACAAAUUGCUUGAAAUUUUUGUAAAUAUAGUCUUAUUUCAAAAUUUAAAUGGCCAGUUGUUAAGAUAUAUGCACAAUUUAUCAUCUACUUACCUACUGUCUUCUAAUCGUUCUAAAAGUUCAAGAUAACCUGCUGUAGUAUAACCUGGAUUGUUAUUAGAGUAAGGCAACAUUUAUAGAGGUUAAAAAUAGAAAUAAAUAUUUGUAAACAUUUUUAUAUAUGAAAACAGGAUUGCUUAUUUGCUUGGGAAGAUGGUUUGACUUUUUACUUCAAACUUUUUUGUAAUUCUUUUUUUAAAAAAACAAUAAAUGAAAUACUUCUUA